AUGCGGCGCAGUCUACUCGUGUUCCUCCUCGUUGCCCUCAUAGUAUUGACCCUCCUCUUACACUCGGUCUCGACCCUUCUCUCUUUGCUCAUAGAAGACGCGUCGCGGGACGCCAUCCACAGAUCAGAACUGCCCGCUCCCAACUCUACGCUCCUCGAAACCCGCCCGCACUUGAUCCCCAAGAUCAUUCAUCAGACAUACAUCAACGAAUCCAUCCCUGCCCAUUGGGUUCCGGCCCAGAAGUCGUGUAUAGAUCUACACCCAGACUACGAGUACAUAUUAUGGACGGACCAAAAAUCUCACGACUUCAUUGCCAAGGAGUAUCCGUGGUUUUUAUCGACGUUUGUCGGGUAUCGACACAACAUUCAACGCGCCGAUGCGAUUCGAUAUUUUGUGUUGGCACACUAUGGCGGCGUGUACAUCGACCUGGACGACGGUUGCAAGAGGAGGCUUGACCCACUGUUGUCUUACACGGCCUUUGUGCGGAGGACCGUGCCGACAGGGAUCAGCAACGAUGUCAUGGGCUCGAUUCCCCAGCAUCCUUUCUUCUUGAGGGUCAUGGAGUCCCUUCAGGGGGCCAACAAGUCAUGGAUCCUACCGUAUAUUACCAUCAUGGCUUCCACCGGUCCGCUGUUCCUGAGUGUGAUUUGGAAGAAGUGGAUGGGUGAACACGCUCACCUCGACCCGCAGACUUGGAUCGGUAGGGUCCGAGUGCUCAUGCCGGACGAGUAUAACAAGCAUUCGUGGUCGUUUUUCGAGACGUAUAAAGGCUCAAGCUGGCAUGGCAAAGACGCAAGGUUGAUCUUCUGGAUGGGCAAGAAUUGGAUGUUGCUGACGGUGCUGGGAUUCCUCCUCGUCCUCACCGUCGGCUUUUUGACGUGGUUCGUCUACUCGAGGCUGCUCAUAUGGAGUGCGAGGAAGAGAAGCGCUAGGGCCAGUCCUCGAGUUGUUGCGUUCAGAUUCCCUGUCGCUGCGAAGAUGCCGCUUUGGCGGAUGUGGACUGGUGGAUUGGGAUCGAAGAAGCAAACAUAUGAGCUGGUCGCUCAGCAUGAUGCAUGA